GUGGAAGGGGGGGUCGGGCUCCGGCUUGGCACGCUCUCCGAUUGGCGAACGCUGAGGGGUUCGGUCACGCUGAUUGGCAGAGGCAGCGGGCGCCAAAAGCGUGAGAGGUGGACUGUGCAGGCGCGAGCGAAGACCGGUGGCUGGCUGUGGCGUCUGCGGGAUUAGCGUCGAAUUACACGGCUACCCACACCAAAAAUCGUCUCUAAAACAGACGAAAUAACAAAACCGUCGACAAAUACCCUUCAAAAACUCAGAGUGCGUCAAACCCCCAAAGAACAGCAUGGGACAAUGCAUGAGAGAAGACUGAGCUUACCAUAUUUUACCACACUGUACAAUAACUUGGAGCUUCGUGUAACCAAAUUAAUUUGCUCAGGGUUUACAGGGAAAGGACCAUGAAAGAUUUUGAAGAGCUAAGGAAACUGUGUUGUACUGACAAUCCUGAUGGAAUCAAGAUGACUGCCGCCAGUAAUGGUAUUGAGAAGGACAUAAAGAAGGGCGGAAAUCUUAUACUCCAGACUGGGAAGGGCAUCCUAAAACUGAAAAAGAAGAAAGAGGUGCGUGAGAAUUCAUCCACUGUGAUUAAGGGCCAGAAUGGAAAAAGCACAGGAAAUCUGUGUUUAGAAAUGGAAAGGAAAGGCCAGAAGAACUUUGCACUAAAAGGGAAAUCUGUGCUAGAGCAGAAACUGGUCAAGACAUGUCUUGAUGAAGGGUAUGUCAACAAACCAGGAAACAUCAAUAAUAUGAACACUGAAGAGAAGGCCAAACAUAAGACCAAAAGUGUUGGACGCACAAAUAAGCCAAAUAAGGAGAUUCCAACGCUCAGUGACAGUCAAUAUGAAAAGCUCUUCCAGUCUGUUAUAGACAAGACUCUAGAGGAAUGCAUAGCUAGUUGUAAGAGGCAUGAAAUGCAAAGCUUUCAGGACAGCGAACUGCUCCUUACCAGUGAGAACAUCGAACCCUCUAUAAACACUGAACCUUCCAUAGAGAUGCAGGGAGUUCGGAGAGUAAAGGCCAGAGCAAAGGACAAGAAAGUUAACAAAUUGUCUCGGAAAAAUAAAAUUAUCAUCGAUAUAAAUGAGGCAAGUGAAGUUAAAAAGGAAGGAAGAAAGAAUAAACGAAAAGGUCAGCCAAAGAAAAUUGUUCCCGACUACACCAGAUUCAUUGAUGAUGAUGAGGAGACCACAUUAGAUAAUUACGUUGCUUGGGUUCAAUGCAGCAGGAAGGUAUGUGGGAAGUGGAGAAGGCUGAAAGACAAUGUGGAUCCAGCAACUCUGCCACAGGACUGGAUCUGCAGUCAGAAUCCAGACCCGCUGUACAAUAUAUGUGACUUGCCAGAAGAAGCCUGGGAAGGAAGAGAAAAUGAUGUCAUUUAUGCUGAGUUGGUUCCUGGCUCCAUAGUGUGGGCCAAGCAGUUUGGGUAUCCAUGGUGGCCAGCGAUGGUGGAACAUGAUCCUCAGACUGGGAAAUACUUUAUGUUCACAAGUGACUCAGAUCAGUUUCCGUCAAAGUACCAUGUUACAUUUUUUGACGAUACAGUAAGCCAUGCUUGGAUUGCUGCAUCACACAUAAAGAAUUUCCAAGAACUUCCACAGGAGAAAAACACAUCAAAACAAGACUUCAAAAAGAGAAUAAAUGCUGGAAAGAAGAUGGCUGAAGAAGCUCAGAGGGUGAAAAUACAGGAACGGUUUUCUCUGUUUGGAUUUGCUGUUCGAUACAAGAGAAAUGGAGGAGCUGAACUUUCGGAUCAUAAUUCCAGUCAAGGAUCACUAGAAGCUCCUUGUAACAUCAAGAAAACAAAAAGAUCAAAAUCCAAGAAUGUUGAAGAUGAUUGGAAUGAAGAUAGUGCAGACAGGAUGCCUAUUGCGGCUGGAAGUCAUCAGCAGAAAGCCAGGAAGGAAAAAGAUAUGGACCUAAUUCAAGGUGAACUAAAGCGGCAAAGGAAGCAAGAAUCUCCAGUACAGUUGGUGAAGAAAGAUCAUCUGACUCGGCCCAAGCAAUUCAGAGACCCAACAUUAAAAAGAAACAACACCAGGAAAGAAUUUGAGGAAGCUGCAGAUUCAACUGGAGUCAAGGAGCCAGAGAGGGGUCUUCUGAAAGCAAAACCAAAGGUGAACAAAGCCUCAAACCAUGAUCAUAGCAAGAACACUUCUUGCCUAAAUAAAGAUCUUUACAACAUGGAGCACAGUGCUGCUUCUGAUCUGAAUGCAGGGGAACAUUCAAUUGGUCACAAAGAUACCCUCAGAGAUUCCUUCAUGACCCUUGGAAAAGGCAAAGGCAGGAAAAAUAAUGAUUUUACUGCGAUGUUUCUGGAAGCCACAGAGAAAAAACAAGAAAUAAAAUUGUUCUCAGAUGAUGACAUGGAGAUUUUAACAGCUAAGAAGUCAGAAGAAGAAGAAGAGUUUGCUGAAUUCAUGUUUGAAGAAUAAAUGAAAUUUGUCAGCUGUUAUCAGUUGGGUGUUCUAUAAUAUUAGAACUUAACUCUCAGUUUAAUUCUCAAUUGCAGAGUUAGUUAUCAAGCACAUACCACAUGCAGCAGCUGUUUGUCAGCAUGGUAAUGCAUUUGUUGUUGAGCUAACACAUGCUUAGCCUGGAAUCUGUAGGUUUAUAAUAGGGCUGCCACAUAUUCAGACAAUCAUCUAGUGAUUUGUUGCUGGAUUACCACAUGUUCAGAUUGUGAGCCAAAAAUUUAUUUGGAUUGUAAUCCAUUGGUUUAUUAUAGGACUACUGUACGUUCAGAUAGUUAUCCAGAGUUUUGCUGUAGAAAUACUUCGCAUCUGGGUUAUGUUUAUUGUAGGGCUACCAUUUUCAGAUUGUGGUCCAGAGAUUUAUGGCAAGAAUGCUGCAGGCUUAGUUUAUUUCUGAAGUUCAUUAUCAAAUGAGCAGCUGUUCUGGUUGUGAACCGUAGAUUGGCAAAUAUAUUUAAACAGUUCUCCAGAGGUGCAGGGUCACUGAGGCUUGCAAGCCUCCAAACCCUACAACAAGGUUGUAGUCCUCCUGGAGAAGAGAAUUGUAGGUUCUGUCUCAUUAGAACUAGUUUGGUGAUAGUCUAGUGUUAAUUUUGACUUCAUGUGAUGGUUUAAUCAGAUUGGCUACUCUUUAAAAGCUUCUUCUGAGUUAUAUAAUAAGACAAAUAUAUGAAGUGUGAAUCAGCCAGUAUUAUUGUGUUACAUCGUUUCCAAAAGGGAGAAUGUUCUUCUUUUGUAAUUAUGCAAGUCUGUGGCUUCCCUCUCUUCUCUCUAAUAGUUACCUACCGGUUUCCCAUUAUAAUAGUUUUAUAAUUUAUGUGAAUAGCUACAUUUACUGCAUCUUGUUACUCUCUUGACAGUGGUAUGGGCCAGCUUUCUGUUCACUGUUAUGAGUUAAAUUAGAUGUUUAGCAUUUUAUUCAGAUGCUUGCCAAUUUAUUCAGACCCACUAGAAAAGUUUAAAAUGGUAAAUCUACAUUAUUAGUUCCUGGUGUUCUUAAUAUAUACAUUUAACAUGUUGUGUGCACAAUGUGAUGUGGUGUAAACCAGACAAAACACAAUAGUAGUAAAUGUGAUUUCUAAUUUAUCUUUUAAGUGUUUCUACAUCUUCAGUGCAUGGUCCUUCAAAUCAGCGUCUGGCUGGGAUAUUAUUGUUGACUUCAAAAUCUCAGUUUUAUGGUGAAAGUCUGCUCAAUGAAUGAUAGUAUGGUAUUUACUCAGGAACAGGCAAUUAGGUCAACCAGGUUAGUGCCAGUCCUGAAGAACAGUCAGUUAGUUCCACUCCUCAUUUUGCUGACUCCUGCUCUUUACUCUUUGUGAAGUAUUUAUCCAGUUCCCCUUUGAAAGCUGGUGUUUACUCCACAUUUUCCACAGGAAGAUAGCACAUUCCAGAAGUCAACUAUGUGUUGCAUAGAGGUUUUCUUCUUGUCACAAUAAAAAGCUGCUGGGCAAACUCAGUGAGCGAA